UUCUCUGCUCUGUGUUUUUCGAUGGACUUCUCCGCUCUGUAUUUCUCGUCGGACUUCUUCGCUCUGUGUUUCUCGUCGGACUUCUCCGCUCUGUGUUUCUCGUCGGACUUUUCUGCUCUAUGUUUCUCGUUGGACUUUGGCUCUGUGUGUCUCGUCGAACUUUGGCUCUGUAUUUCUUGUCAGACUUCGACAAUAGGUCGUUUCUCCACUCCCUAUCUAUUCUCAAGUUGAACAACACUAACCCUAUCUAUUCAGAUAGGUUAAAAAAAUUCCACAAUCCAAUCCAACACGUGUACACCCUACUGGAUUGUACCAAAAAUAACAUCAAACCUUUAUCAAUUCUCCAUCUCUAACUAAUCUCCCAAAAUGUCUCCCAACCAAUGCUCCAUCUCCUUUUUAAUCCCCCAUUCAUCCCUCCAUUUUCCACGCACCGCAAUUGCUUCCUUCUUCCUCCUCCUCACCACACUACACACACACCUUCCACUUUUCCACAUCCAGAGAAAGCAGGUUGUCCCCCACCUCCUUCCUCUUCCCCGCCAUGGCCUUCUUCCACCCUACCGCUCUUCUUCUUCUACUUUGCCUAUCUCUUCCAUUCUCAGUUCACUCUCAGCUUUCUCUCGAUUAUUACCACAAAACUUGCCCCGACUUCGCAAAAAUCGUUCACGACACUGUCGCCCGCAAGCACGCUACUAGCCCCGUCACCGCCGCUGCAUCUAUGCGCCUCUUCUUCAGCGAUUGUUUGGUUGGAGGCUGCGAUGCCUCUGUUCUUAUUUCAUCCAAUGUCUUCAACCACGCCGAGCGCGAUGCUGAAAUCAACCACGCUCUUCCUGGUGAUGCCUUCGACGUUGUCACUCGUGCGAAGAUCACCUUAGAGCUCUCUUGCCCUGGGAUAGUCUCUUGCUCUGAUGUGUUAGCGCAGGCGACUAGAGAUCUCAUCGCGGCCUCAGGUGGACCGUCGUACAAAGUUGAAUUAGGGAGAAAAGAUAGCCUCGUCUCGAAGAUUUCAGAUGUGGAAGGUAACAUUCCGAAACCGAAUCAAUCAAUUGACGAAUUGAUUAAGCUAUUCGAAGCGAAAGGAUUCACGAUUCAAGAAAUGGUAGCGCUAUACGGCGGACGCACAAUCGGAUUCUCGAAUUGCAGGGAAUUCAGCGAUCGGCUCUUCAAUUUCAGCAAAAACACGCCAACAGAUCCUGAGAUUAAUUCGAAAUACGCGGAGGCGUUGAUGAAGUCCUGCGCCGACUACGAGAAGAAUCCAGCAAGUUCGGCGUACAGCGACCCCGUAACGCCAGGGAAGUUCGACAACGUAUACUACCAGAAUCUGCUGAGAGGAAUGGGAGUGUCGGCGUCGGAUCACGCGCUGGCGAAGGAUCCGAGGACAAGGAAAUUCGUGGAGAUGUACGCAGGGAACCAGGCAUUAUUCUUCAAGGAUUUUGGACACGCCAUGGAGAAGAUGAGCGUUCGCGAGGUGAAAACCGACGGAAAGGGAGAAGUGAGGAGAAGAUGCGAUGCAUUCAAUACAAUCAACCAUUAGGCCAUUUUGGGUUUUCAUAAAUAUUCAGGGGAUUUUUUUUGUUU